UCGGUGUUAACAUGGUGAUAACAAUCUUACUGUCAGCGCUCCUGUUGAUGACGGCAGGUCUUGACGCUGGUGUGGUCGUGUCCGACCUAAAGGUCAGCGGGAAAUCGAUCCAUGGUGGGAAAGCCCUCCAGAGCGGUGAUCACGGGCGACACACUGUGAGGAAGCACACGCAUCAGGAGAAAAAUGGUGACGUACAGAGGAGUUUGGACCCGGAUCACUUCAAAAUCUACAUAUCCCCGACCACAAGCAAAACGAGCCUCCCCAGUAUUGUCAAGAUCAACCACCCUAAGACUCAACCCACUCACAUGCACGUCAACAUUCCCUUGCGUUUUGGACGAGAAGAUAUCCCUGAUGAAGACACGUCACAGCACAAAUUGCCCCAAAGGUUUGGAAGGUCCGGCGAGGAGAUCCCAACAUGUGCUGAGCGUUUUGGAGACCCAGAACUACUCCACAGAAAGUGGAUAAAGAGCCCGUACUGGAGGCUUCUAAGGAUGCUAGCCAGUGCCCAGAUAUGGAACAUGUGCUUGUACUGGUCUGAAGAUUUUGACUUAACGACCAGAAUGGAUGAAAUAGAGACGGAAGUAAAGAGACUUUUAGAAACAAUGAUGUAAAUCAAUGGAGAAUUUUAG